GUUCUUGCCAUAGUCUUCUCGUAGUACAAGUCAAGACCAUCCCUCAUCAUGUCGUCCACAUCAGUCCUCACCCCGGAGGAGAAGGAGCACUUCCUCAAGCACGGCUGGGUCAAAAUCCCCAAGGCCUUCACCAAAGAGAAAGCCGAUUCCAUCACAGCCAACGUCUGGACACGCCUAGGCAUGGAUCCCAACGACAAGUCGACCUGGAACCGCCUGCGCAUCAACAUGCCCCAUCACAGGGAAUUCGACGCCUCCGAGUUUGCCCCGCGCGCCUGGGCUGCCAUCCUCGAGCUGUGCGGCGGCGAAGACCGCGUGGACCCGAGCACCAAGUACUGGCGUGACGCCCUCAUCGUCAACCUCGGCGACGAGAAGCACGGCGGCAAGCCCGUGCCGCCCAAGGAGCUGCCCGAAUGGCAUGUCGACGGCGACUUCUUUGUCCAUUACCUAGACAGUCCCGAACAGGCACUACUAGUGACGCCGUUAUUCACAGAUAUUGUCCCUAACGGCGGCGGCACAUACAUCUGCCCUGAGGCAAUCCCCAAGAUCGCCAAGCACCUGCACGACCACCCGGAGGGCGUGUCGCCGCGCAUGACGCCGCGCGGGGAGCCCGACUUCCGGGAGGAGAAGGAUCUCAAUUUCUUCUGCGAGAUCGCAAAGAGCUGCGACAACUUCGUUGAGGCCACGGGAGAGGUUGGCGACGUCUACCUGAUGCACCCGCUCAUGCUGCACGCGCCGUCAAGUAAUGCCCUGAGGAGGGUGCGCAUCAUCACGAACCCGCCCGUCUCGCUGAGGGAACCGCACCGCUUUGAUCGCGAGGAUGGGAACUAUAGCCUGGUGGAGCAGGUGACUCUGCGCGCGCUCGGCAAGGAUAAGCUGCCCGGGUGGCAGGCCACCGGGCCGAGAGAGAGGGUGGUGCCAAAGCGGUUGAUUGAAGCCGAGAGGAUGAAGCAGGAGGAGCUGAAGAGGUUGGCCGAUCUGGAGCGGAAGGCGAAGGAGGGUCAGCAGGCUGUCACUGCGGCGGCUUAAUGACGGAAUGGUAUGCCUGUGUCGAGUAG